AGUGCUACAGUACCGAAAAGUUUUCACUUUUCGAAACUAAACAAGGCCUCGGCAGGUUUGAACAUCGGGCUUCAACACGGGGAAGUCGGGCACGCGCGGGGGUCUCGGCCUCUCGGUUACCGAAUAUAUUUAAUACCCUGGGUACCAAUUAGACUCAAAUCCAGAUCUGCAGCAACCAAAGAGGUGGAAUCUCGCCGCCGCCAUGGCGACAAUGGCAUCGGCUCUCCUGCGGGCUGCCCGUGCCCGUGACGCAUCUCGCUCAGCUGCAGUAGCCGCAACUCGCGCUGCUGAGAUGGCAUCCCGCUCAGCGCGCGCGGGCGCCGCUGCGGCAGCCGCAACUCGCGCCGCUGCGAUGGCGUCCCGUUCAGCGCGUGCGGCCGGCGUAGCCGCAGCCGCCGCGCGCGCCGCCGCCGCCCGCUGCCGCGGGGACUCAGGCGUCAUACUUCGCAUCAAGAGCUGCCCAAGUUGCCCAGGUCUCGAGAACGGAUCCACGAAGCCACGUGACGAUGCUCUCUCCUACACCUCUCCCUGCGCCGAUUAUUACGCGAAGUUGUCAGAUGCUGGUAUCAUCCCGAUGGACAAGGACCUGGAGUCGGAUGAAGCUGUAUGGGCCUUAUCCGAGCGCUGGUCGCGUAGCACUUUCGUUUGUUUGUGAUAAAUAUUGUCCAAUCAUGGACUAACUAGGCUUAAAAGAUUCAUCUCAUCAAUUCCAAC